CCCUAGAUAAGAGGACAAUAGAGCAAGUUAAUGAUUCAACCAACGUUACAGAUGGACAGACUGCUUAAAUGUCCCGUUUGGGGAUGAAGAGACAGACUGGAUGGGUUGGUAUGUGCUCGUGGAGCAGAGAGAAAGGGGGAAUAAACGUAUGCCUUAAAUUGGUCUGAUUCCUUGUCUCGGAUGACCCGACUCUGUGAUUAUUACGCAUACAUGGCUAAGCUGGUGGAGUGUGUGCCCAACUUCUCAGAGGGCCGGAACAAAAAGUAUGUACGUUUGUUGUAGGGGAGCAUCCACGGAUGGGCGCCAUGGACGUGUGUCCCUUCAUCCCUGUCCAGAAUGUCACAAUGGACGACUGUGUCAACUGUGCCAACAUUUUUGCCCAGCACUUAACAGAUGUGAUGCAUGUACCUGUGUAUCUUUAUGGAGAAGCAGCGAGGAAAGAGAACAGGAGAUCUCUUCCCUCUGUCCGGGCAGGAGAGUAUGAGGCCUUGUCAGAGAAACCGGGUCUGAUGAAGAAGGUGCAGGGAAUGGGCUGGUACCUGGAAGAGGCGAACAUAGCCCAGGUGUCCACCAACAUCCUGGACUUUGAGCUGACGCCCGUCCACACUGUUUACGAAGAGAUCUGCAGUGCGGCCAAGGACCUGAACCUGCCAGUGGUGGGCUCUGAGAUUGUAGGCCUCAUAAUUCUGAGAGCCGUGCUGGACUGUGCUGACUUCUACAUCCAGAGAGACAGGCUCUUCAUUGUGGAGGAGGAGCACAAAGUCUGCCUGGUCAUCAGUAAACUUGGGCUUGAUUCACUUGGGCCUUUCGUCCCCAAAGAGAGAAUCAUAGAGUACAUGGUGGAGAGGACUGAGGAGGACAAGCGUUUGGUGUCUCUGUCUCUGCAGCAGUUUGUCCGCAGCGUGGGAGCCAGAACCGCUGCUCCGGGAGGAGGGUCAGUCUCUGCUGCCAUCGCUGCAAUGGGGGCUGCUCUGGGAGCCAUGGUGGGUCAGAUGACCUAUGGGAAGAGGCAGUUUGAUAGCCUGGACAGCAUCAUGAGGAGACUCAUCCCUCCCUUUCAUCAGGCCAUGAAUGAACUGCUGGUCAUGGUGGACGCAGACUCCAAGGCGUUCAGUCGCUAUAUGGCUGCAUUGAAGAUGCCAAGGAACACAUCAGAUGAAGUCAAAAGGAGGGAAGCUGCCAUGCAGGAGGGUCUGAAGCAGGCCGUGGCGGUCCCACUGUCUCUGGCUGAAAGAGUCAACCUGCUGUGGCCUUGUCUAAAGGAAAUGGUGAUCUACGGAAACGUAGCCUGCAAGUCUGACCUCCAGGUAGCAGCUAAAGCCCUGGAAACAGCAGUGUUUGGAGCCUACUACAACGUUGUGAUCAACCUCAAGCAUAUCACAGAUGAGUCCUUCAAAGUAACUACUCAACAGAGAGCAUCAGUUCUGCUUACUGAGGCCAGGGAGAGUGCUAAUGCAGUCCUGGAUACUGCAGAGAGAAAAAAUUAAAAGAAGUUACCACAUUACCAAAGCAUCCCCCGCUGCCUGCCUAGGCCUCAAACCAGGCUUUCACAACCAUCAAUCUAUUGCAAAUAAACUGGGUUCACAUUUCAACAUGCUUUAUCAACUACUCCUCAAUGGUGCUCCUUUGCUUUGUUAGGAAUUCACUAAAUACUUAUGUAAUGUACUGUAUAGCAGCAGCCUACACCAAGCCAGGAUGUCACAGUGUUCUUAUCCACAGCGACUUACAGGCGCAAUUAGAGUUAAGUGCCUUGCUCAAGGGCACAUCGGCAGAUUGUUCACCUACUUAGCUCGGGGAUUCAAACCAGCAACCUUUCGGUUACUGGCCCAACCUCUUCACCUCUAGGCUACCUGCCGCCCUGAAUCACACGAAAUAGAAUAGUACUACAAGUUUUUUUUCUUCUCUAUUCCACUUCGACAUGAAGCUAAAAUGAUAGAGUAGUAUUAUUUGCUUCUGAAUGACAAAGUGAUGCGUUUCGGGAUAUGAACUCUGUCCAUACCUCAGCUCCACCUGUGUAGUACAACAGGCAGGAUGACAUGACGGGAAUUAAAGGGUGUAGUUUAUCCAGUUCCUAUAAAUAAGAGAACAUCCUUCACACAAGACAAAGGACAGAAUCAAGAGCUGCUUACCAACCAGUUACAGGCGUGUACACGCUUCAUUUAAUCUGCGUUCUAUGUUAACUAAAAUACAUGCAUUAUUGAUUUCUGGCAUAUAUUCAGUAUUUGUAUAUCUCAAAUCAUUAUUCCUCAUUCUUUUGAUGACAUGUAAUGCAUUGGAAUACCUUUAGAUUUUGAACAAGGAACUUUUGGGCAGGUUAAUCUGUUUUAUAAGCCUUAUAUUAAUAUGUUCGAACAGUGAUUAUAAAACGGAAUCCUUUGUUGCAAUUUUCUUACCACAGUAACAUAUUUCAUCGCCGGGACUUGAAAAUGUUUGGCAGCAGCUCAGGUAAAAUAUCCCCAUUGUUCUGUCUGCUCUAUUUUGCUUAGCAGUUUUGAAUGAUAAUUCUCCUUUUGACUGAUUCUCUUUCCUAGGUGGUCGUCACCCCUCAGGGUAUGAAGUAGAUCAGCAGAGACAUCCCCAGGGGGACCAAGGGCCUGUCCUCCUGGGGAUAAAGACCACCACUCCGGGAGAGAUGAGACCAUGGUCCUCCAGAGGGUUGCUACCCCCCCAGACCACAGAGGCAGUGGUGACCAUGGAGGCAGACACAGUCCUGGUGGUAGAGACCACCAUGGUCAUGGUAGUGGUCAUGGUCAUGGAGAAGGCCGUGGGCUUGGAGACGGCCACGGGCAUCGCCACAAGAGGCACUGAAGAGUAAGAGUAAUACACUUCACUCUCAAAGUGAAAUUCAGCCAUGAUUUUCUGAAUUACCUUGACCCAAUAACAAUCUACAACAUUCAUGUAUUUGACAUUGUAAUGUGUAUAAACCCAUUGAAUAAACUUGCUUUCAAUUGUA